CGGAGUUAUACGAAGAAAUUGGAAAUAAUAAGAAGUGGAUAAAGUAAGUAAAAACCAAGUGAGUGUUACCUGCUAUGGUGACUUUGAAGCAAAAAGAAAGUCUUGAAGUUUGCUAAUGCCUCCCAGCUCACAUACAUAUAAAUACUCAUCAUAAAAAAGAGAGCAAAAAUCUAUCUAUAUAGCUUUCUAUCUCUUUCAAUGGCGCCAAUCAAGCUCUAACAUAAAACCCCACCUCAUAUAUACAAAACAUUAUGGCUAACUUCAUUAAACCAAACUCCUCCAAUUCUUGAUUCCAACAUUUAGUACUAGUGUUGUGUUUAGGAUGAAGAAUAUGAUACCUGCUUGUUUUAAUAUUCCUCAUAAUUCUGAGGAUUCAGAAACUUCUUCUCUUCCUCCUCCUUCACAAGUGCCUCAAAAUCUUGUUACAUGUAUAUACCAAGCUCAGAUUUGUGGUUCACCUGUUUAUCUUACACUCACUUGGUCCAAGAACCUGUUUUCACAUUCUUUGUUAGUUCAUGCACCUGAUCUUUUCUCCAUCACCAUUCCACUCCAUCAAUCGUCUUUCGCCAUAUUUAAGGCACGGCCAGGAUCAAAAUCCGUGCAUCCGGUCCAAUUACAUGACCGUAAGAAGAUGAAGGUCCAUUGGGACUUCACACUUGCCAAGUUCAAUCAGAACUCGGCAGAGCCUGAGGGGUGUUUUUACAUUGCAAUUACUUGCAAUGCAAGACUGGAGUUUUUCCUUGGUGAUAUGUUGACGGAAUUGACGGGCCGGGCCAGGCUGGUAUCGGGAUGUUGCACGGGAGACCUGACUUUGUUGUCGAGGAGAGAACACGUGUUUGGACGGAGGAGUUAUACUACACGGGCUCGGAUUAUGGGGGUUAAACAUGAAUUUGUGAUAGAAUGUGGGGGUGGAGUGUUGAAAGUGAAAGUGGAUGGGAAAACAAGUCUUGUAGUGAAAAGACUUGCUUGGAAAUUUAGGGGAAAUGAAAGAAUUUUAGUUGGUCAAGUAGAGGUAACCUUUUUUUGGGAUGUCUUCAAUUGGGUAAAUAAAAACUGUGACAAUCAUAAAUUUGGGCAUGGACAUGGACAUGAACAUGGUGUUUUUGUGUUCCAAGUAGGUGAUGGUGGUGUUUGGCCUGAAAUGGGUGGCGCCGAGAAGAAAUUGAUGAGGAAAAGUUUGUCCGCAACAGCUGGAACGAUGUCGACACCACUGUCGGUCUCUUUGUCGCCAUCGCCGUCGUGCUCUAGUGUGUUGCAGUGGGCAGAGGAGAACAGUGAAUGUGGGAGGAGUUCAUGGUCAUCUAUAAGGUCAUAUGGGAGUAAUGAGGGAUUUUCUUUGUUAUUGUAUGCAUGGAGGAAGGAUUAAUGAAGAUUAAUUUGAUUUUUUUUGGUUCAGUUACUCAGAUUAUUUGUGAGUAUUAAAUUGUAAUAACAGAAACCUGUAAUUUUAUUAGUUCCUGUAAUUGAUUUUUUUUGGUUCAG